CUCUUCCCCGCUCGAUCAGGAACUUCCGCACGUCGCAGGCCCUCGGGCUGCUACUUCCCACCCAGAUCCGACCAGCAGGCAGCGAGGAUCAAAUACAUACAUCUCCCAGUCUGACUGCAGCCAGCCUUCCAGAUGAUUGCCUCUCUCAUAGUCCAAGCUCCAGCCAACUUCACCCGUCCUCCCAGGCGCACAUGAGGAAGGAGACCUGGGUCAGCAGAGAUAGAUUGGGCUGACAUUCGAGGACGUGGCUGUGGACUUCACCCCAGAGGAGUGGGGGCGGCUGGCCCCUGCUCAGAAGGAGCUGUACAGGGAUGUGAUGCUGGAGAACUUGCGGAACCUGGCCUCCCUGGGACUUUCAGUUGCCAAACCAGAUGUGAUCCACCGGCUGGAGCUUGGGCAGGGACUUUGGAGGCUAGAGAGAGAUGGCCCCAGAAGCACCUAUCCAGAUGGGGGGCUUAGCCUCCAACCCAAGCAGUCAGUUGCCAAGGUGGGCAUUUCUGUGGAAGAAUCAUCCCAGGAAAGAUUCACAAGACAUGCUGACUUUGUCACCAAGCCGGGAGAAACCUGGGAAGCCCGUGACAGCUUAGAUACACCAAACUGUGAAAAGCAACCUUAUGAAUGUAAUCACUGUGGGAAGGCCUUCCAUCAAAGCACAGGCCUUACUAAUCAUCAGAAAAUCCAUACGGGAGCUAAACCUUUUGAAUGUAAUGUCUGUGGGAAGGCCUUCCGUCGGAGCACACACCUUCCUCGACACCAGAGAAUUCACGUUGGGGAGAGGCCUUAUGAAUGUAACAAGUGUGGAAAGGCCUUCCACAGGAGGACAGGACUCAAUGAACAUCAAAAAAUUCACACUGGAGAGAAACCUUAUGAAUGUAAUGCUUGUGGAAUGGCCUUUCGCUGGAGCACAGGACUUCUUCGACAUCAGGCAGUUCAUACUGGGGAGAAAUCUUAUGGAUGUAAUAUAUGUGGGUUGGCUUUCUUUGAGAGAAAGUUACUCGCUCAACAUCAAAGGAUUCACACUGGAGAGAAACCCUAUGAAUGUAACGAAUGUGGGAAGGCCUUCUUCUGAAGACAGGUCUUGUUUGCCACCGGACAGUUCAUACUGGAGAGAAAGAAACCUUAUAAAUGUGACGGAUGUGGGAAGGCUUUCUCUCGCAAGGCAGGACUUACUCAACGUGAGACGAUUCAUACUAGAGAGAAGCCCUACAAAUGUAACAAAUGUGGAAAGGCCUGCUGGCAGAGCACACAUCUUGCUCAACAUCAGAGUGUUCAUACUAGGCAGAAACCUUAUGAGUGUCACAGAUGUGGAAAGGCCUUCUCCCGGAAGACAGGACUUACUCAGCAUGAGAGAAUUCACACUUGAGAGAAAUUUGAGGAAUGAGAUGUGUAUGGGAAGGUCUUCUGUAGGAGUGCAUAACCUUUUCAACAUCAUAAAAUUCAUAUGGCAGAAAAACCUUUUGGUUUUGGUAAAGCUUUCAAGAGCAAAAAAAAAAAAAAACUCAGGUGAUAUCAGAGGAUUUAUACCAGAAUGAAACCUUAUGAGUAUAAAGUCUUAUUAGAGUAAUGUAUAUCAAAAGUGUU